AUGACGGAACAUCUUCGCGCUGCCCGCUUAAGAGCUCGCGAUGCUCUUGUGCGCGCCGGCACGGUUGGCUUCAAGCCCGUAUCCUCUGCCAAAUGGGUCAACAUCUUCCGCACUUGGUCAGGAGUGUUGCAUGUCCAGAUUGAGCACGAUUCCAUCAAGGGUGUGACACCGCAAAUGAUGCGUUGGUGGUUUGAGCAUCUCGGACAGUCAACGACAUGGGACGGCAAGGCAUUGGGCGGACCAGAAGUCUCACUCUAUCACCUCUGGCACCACCGCGAUCACGUUGCCAUCAUUCCCGUCAGCAGCCCCAACGACCAAGUCAAUAAGGGGUUUAUCCAGGGAUGGCUAUCCGAGGUCCAUGAGCAGUUCAACGACUUUCACGAUCGCGUCGACGUGCGAUCCACUACAGACAUUCUCAGCGACAGUGAGCUCAACUUUUCAGUCAAGCUUUUCGGCAAUGUCGUUACACAAAUAUUGCACCAUUGGAAGCCCAGAUGGUCUCGCCUUUUACGCCGAGACCGUCGUUGGGUGUGA